AUGAACGCGAUGAGAGUUGCCGGGCGGCCGAAGCAACUCUGCACGAAGGUCAGCCGUGAGCGGGUAGAAACAGAGCUCAUGAAGAUCCUCAAAGGCCCAAACACGCUUUCGGCUUUUCAAUUGAUCCACGAACUCCAUCUUUACGAUCCAGUCUUUCUCCGUGAGGUACGGUGUAGUGAAGACGGGGAAGCCAGCUGGCUUCUCCGGCAGUGGCAGUAUAAGCGCCCAUGGCAGAGUGAAUGGGCCCGCGCCUUUGAAACAGUUGCUUUCCUGUUGAACGGGGGGCCAAAGGCACUCAGGGAUAUGCUGCUCCGGCCCGAGAAAAUGGACGACAUCUGGAUGUUGACUGCCUUUGUGCCACUGAAUCCGAGCUCGCUUAAUGAACUUGCAGAGCGACAAGUAAAAGUUCCUGGAUUUGUCUCUCACUCCCUGAGAAACUAUGUUCGCAUCUGGCAUCUCAUGCGCGAGGUUACUGUAGAUAGGCUUCCCCCUGAAAAGCUACUUCGAGGUGCUCUCGGCCUGUUGCUUAGGCUCUGCGGCAGUACUUGGAGAUUACAAGUGCUGUAUGCGCUUCUGAAAGAGGACUUCUAUGAAAUGAGGUACGGUAAUAAAAAGCUGGCCUUGAUUAAGCGAUGGUCGAAGUUCGUGGAGUGCAUAACUGAGCAGAGGUUGGAGGACGCACCAUACGUCAAGCCCAUUCUCAACGGCCAUGACAUUAUGGGAGUGCUACGAAGGAAGAAGCGAUGGAGUGGAUGCUUACACAGAGGAAGAAUUACCAUGUCUGAUUACACUCCAAGUGCUGAUAACCUGCUUUUCUGCUUAAUCAUGAUUCGAACACAAUGA